AUGGCUGCGCCCGCAACCCCGCGGGCCUGCCUGUGCCACGCCGUCGCCACGCUCCUGCUCCUCCUGACGCCGCUGGCCACCGCCACCGCCUGCCACCACCUGCGGCCCCGCGACGACACCUUCUCCUGGGACAACCUCCAGCUCCUCCAGGCCAUGGAUCCCACCCCGCCACAGGACUGCCACCACCAGCCCUCAACACCCUUCCCUGACGUCCUCCUCCACACCGACAGCCCUGGGCACGCCGCCGACGCCGCCUUGCGCAUCCUGAACCACCUCUUGGCCAUCCUCAGCAGCUCCAGAACACCACCACACUGGGACGCCGAGGCACGGCAUCAGCUCCUCAACAACCUCGAGCAUUACAUCCAACACCUGCAGCAAUGUUUCCCAGACAACAGCACGCUCCGCAAGAGGCACGGGCCCCGCAACCUGCUGCUCAACAUCCACAAAAACUUCACGCGCAUCCAGAACUUCCUCCAGUCCCACCACUACAGCGCCUGCGCCUGGGAACAAGUCCGCCUCGAAGCUGACACCUCCUUCCGACUCCUGGACACGCUCAUACGGCAGAUGAAGAGCAAAGCCGCUCCUGACCUCCAACAAACCCACCCGCGCCCAACGCCCGGCCCCAACCCACGCUGGCAGGACAACCAGAGGCUGCAGCAGCCAGGGCUGGCAUUGCUCCGCACGCCUGCCACCUCUUCCAGCCACCAGACUGCGCCAACGGGGGAAUGGGCGUGA